ACUGCACCUUGAGAGCCAUAUAACAUAACUUUCCUGUCCUUAGCUCCACAAUCCGACAAAGGAUGGAGUUCACCGUUCGCAGGAUAGGACCAGAGAGUAUAGCUGAGAUUGACGACUGGGUCCAGCACAAGUUUCUUCCAUCCAUGCCGCUGAUGUGUGCCUUCGGUGUAGAUGUGUACGGAAAAACGGCCUCCCCGCACGGACCGACCCCUGGCAGUACCAUCGUCUACCUCCAGGCGGUUGACUCCCAGGGGACAGUCCUAGGUAUUGCCAUCCUGAAAGACUCCGUCACGUUCGAUUUGAACGUCAACACUUCUCCUGAGUGGAAUAAGAUGGUGGACUUCUUGAACUUCGCCGAAGAAGACGCCAAACUCCACGAUCUUCCAGGCAGAACCAUAGAACUGCUGGUGUUGUCAGUGGCCAAGGAGUGCCGGGGGAAAGGAGUGUCAAAAAGGCUCGUACUGGAGGCUGAGGGCGUUGCUAAAGAGGCCAAGUUCAACAAUAUCGUCGUCUGCUGCUCCAGCGAGUUCGCGACAAAAGCUGCUAGAAGCGCGGGGUGGCGGGAGCACAACCACCUGGCGUACAAAGACUAUCCAAAACGGUCCGGGACAGGUGUCCAGUUAGUUCCUAUCCCACCUCACAACAAUUUCUACAUCUACGUCAAGGAUUUAAAUCAUAUUAGUUAAUCUUUUCAUGGUUCUAAGUAAAAUUAUAAAAUCAAAAAGUUGAGAAUUUAUAGAUGAAGUUAUUGAGCAACAGAAAAGUGUUUUCCAGAAUAUAGCUGUUUAACAUGAGGGUGGACUAAAACUUUCUUUAUAACAAACAUGUGUAGACAAAUUAUGCAACUUAAAAAUUUAUUGGGUUUCAUUAUCACAUUUUAUAAUAUUACUAGCUGACCCGGCGAACUUCGUAUUGCCUAAGUUAUAGGUUUCCCCUAAGACAGACCGAUGGAAAGAAAGUACCGUUACGUUUAAUUUUCAAGAUGAUCUCGUUCGCAUCGCUCAAUCACGUCCUGGUUGAAGUUCGUUCGCUACGCUCACUCACCUUUGGGUUGGAGCUCGUUCGCUACGCUCACUCACCUUUAGGUUGGAGCUCGUUCGCUGCGCU